CGGCACCGAGGGCUCUCCGCUCGGGCGCGCGGGGCGGAGCGGCGGGAGCGCGCUCGCGAGGCCGCGUCCACACGCAGUUCCGAGCUCCGUCACCUGGGGCCUGGAGGCGCUGCGGCUUCGGCUCUGAGGCUAAUGACGGAAACAUGGCCACUGCAAUUAGGGAGGUGGGAGUUUGGAGACAGACUAGAACAUUGCUACUGAAGAAUUACCUAGUUAAAUGCAGGACUAAAAAAAGCAGUGUUCAAGAAAUUCUUUUUCCACUAUUUUUUUUAUUUUGGCUAAUAUUAAUUAGCAUGAUGCAUCCAAAUAAGAAAUAUGAAGAAGUGCCUGAUAGAGAACUUCCUCCAAUGGAUAAAUCUAUUCUCUCUGACUUAGUUCUUGGAUAUACGCCAGUGACUAAUAUUACAAGCAACAUCAUGCAGAUAGUAUCUACUGACUACCUUUCUGAUGUCAUAAUUACUGAAGAAUAUACAAAUGAAAGAGAAAUGCUAGCAUCCAGUCUUUCUAAAUCCAGCAACUUUGUGGGUGUAGUUUUCAAAGACCUGAUGUCCUAUGAACUCCGUUUUUUUCCUGAUAAGAUUCCAGUAUCUUCUAUUUAUUUGGAUUCAAGAGCUGACUGUUCAAAAUCGUGUGAGGCUGCUCAUUACUGGUCCUCAGGGUUCACAGUUUUACAGGCAUCCAUAGAUGCUGCUAUUAUACAGUUGAAGACGAAUGUUUCUCUUUGGAAGGAGCUGGAAUCAACUAGAGCUGUUAUUAUGGGAGAAACUGCUGUUGUAGAAAUAGAUACCUUUCCCCGAGGAGUGAUUUUAAUAUACCUGGUUAUAGCAUUUUCACCUUUUGGAUACUUCUUGGCAAUUCAUAUUGUAGCAGAAAAAGAAAAAAAGUUAAAGGAAUUUUUAAAGAUAAUGGGACUUCAUGACACUGCCUUUUGUGUAUAUGAAGUAUGCAUUAAUCUUAACAUUUCUAUGUUACAGGUAUUUUUUGCUUUAAUGCUGACACCUCUUUUUAAAAAGUCAAAACAUGUGGGAAUAGUUGAAUUUUUUGUCACUGUGGCGUUUGGAUUUGUUGGCCUUUUGAUAGUCCUCAUGGAAAGUUUUCCCAAAUCAUUAGUGUGGCUUUUCAGUCCUUUUUGUCAGUGUACUUUUUUGAUUGGUAUUGCACAGGUCAUGCAUUUGGAAGAUUUUGAUGAAGGUGCUUUGUUUUCUAAUUUGACUGAAGGCCCAUAUCCUCUAAUUAUUACUGUUAUCAUGCUGGCACUUAAUAGUAUUUUCUAUGUUCUCCUGGCUGUCUAUCUCGAUCAGGUCAUUCCAGGGGAAUUUGGCUUACGGAGAUCAUCUUUAUAUUUUCUAAAACCAUCAUAUUGGUCAAAAAACAAAAGAAAUUAUAAGGAGUUAUCAGAAGGCAAUGUUAAUGGGAGUAUUAGUGUUAGUGAAAUUGUUGAGCCUAUUUCUUCAGAAUUUAUAGGCAAAGAAGCCAUAAGGUAUGAUUUAAUCUUUGGCAGUUUAGAUUUGUCAUUUGACAUAUAUGAGGGUCAGAUUACUGCAUUACUUGGCCAUAGUGGAACGGGAAAGAGUACAUUGAUGAAUAUUCUUUGUGGACUAUGCCCGCCUUCUGAUGGGUUUGCAUCUAUCUAUGGACAUAGAGUCUCAGAAAUAGAUGAAAUGUUUGAAGCAAGAAAAAUGAUCGGUAUUUGUCCACAGUUAGAUAUACACUUUGACGUUUUGACAGUAGAAGAAAAUUUAUCAAUUUUGGCUUCAAUCAAAGGAAUACCAGCCAACAAUAUAAUACAAGAAGUGCAAAAGGUUUUACUAGAUUUAGACAUGCAGGCUAUCAAAGAUAACCAAGCUAAAAAAUUAAGUGGUGGUCAAAAAAGAAAGCUUUCUGUAGGAAUUGCUGUUCUUGGAAAUCCAAAGAUACUACUACUAGAUGAACCAACAGCUGGGAUGGACCCCUGUUCUCGUCAUAUUGUUUGGAAUCUUUUAAAAUACAGAAAAGCCAAUCGGGUGACAGUGUUUAGUACUCAUUUCAUGGAUGAAGCUGACAUUCUUGCUGAUAGGAAAGCUGUCAUAUCACAAGGAAUGUUGAAAUGUGUCGGUUCUUCAAUUUUCCUCAAAAGUAAAUGGGGGAUUGGCUACCGCCUGAGCAUGUACAUAGACAGAUAUUGUGCUACGGAAUCUCUUUCUUCAGUGGUUAGACAACAUAUACCUGGAGCUACUUUAUUACAACAAGAUGACCAACAACUUGUGUAUAGCUUACCUUUCAAAGACAUGGACAAAUUUGCAGGUUUAUUUUCUGCUCUAGACUUUCAUUCAAAUUUGGGUGUUAUUUCUUACGGUGUUUCCAUGACAACUUUGGAAGAUGUAUUCUUAAAGCUAGAAGUUGAAGCAGAAAUUGACCAAGCAGAUUUUAGUGUAUUUUCACAGAAGCCACCAGAGGAAGAAAUGGAUUCAAAGUCUUUCGAUGAAAUGGAACAGAGCUUACUUAUUCUUUCUGAAACCAAAGCUUCUCUAGUGAGCACCAUGAGCCUUUGGAAGCAUCAGGUGUCUACAAUAGCAAAGUUUCAUUUUCUUACCUUGAAACGUGAAAGUAAAUCAGUGAGAUCAGUUUUGCUUCUGCUUUUAAUUUUUUUUGCAGUUCAGAUUUUUAUGUUUUUGGUACAUCACUCUUUUAAAAAUGCUGUGGUUCCUGUCAAACUUGUUCCAGACUUAUAUUUUCUAAAACCUGGAGAUGAACCUGAUAAAUACAAAACAAAUCUGCUUCUUCAAAAUUCUACUGAAUCAGAUAUCAGUGAUCUUACUAACUUUUUCACAUACCAGAACAUAAUGGUGACGAUGUUUAAUGACAGUGACUAUGUGUCUGCUGCUCCCCAUAGUGCAGCUUUAAACGUGGUGCAUUCAGAAAAGGACUAUAUUUUUACAGCUGUUUUCAACAGUACUAUGGUUCAUUCCUUACCUGUAUUGAUGAAUAUCAUUAGUAACUACUAUCUUUAUCAUUUAAAUGUGACUGAAACCAUCCAGAUCUGGAGUACCCCAUUCUUUCAAGAAAUUACUGACAUAGUUUUUAAAGUUGAGCUAUAUUUUCAAGCAGCUUUGCUUGGAAUCAUUGUUACUGCAAUGCCACCUUACUUUGCUAUGGAAAAUGCAGAGAAUCAUAAGAUCAAAGCUUAUACACAACUUAAACUUUCAGGUCUUUUGCCAUCUGCAUAUUGGAUUGGACAAGCUAUUGUUGAUAUGCCCUUAUUUUUUGUUGUUCUUAUUUUGAUGCUAGGAAGCUUAUUUAUAUUUCAUCAUGGAUUAUAUUUUUAUGCUCUGAAAUUCCUUGCUGUGGUUUUUUGCCUUAUUGGCUAUGUUCCAUCAGUUAUUCUUUUCACUUAUAUUGCUUCUUUCACCUUUAAGAAAAUUUUAAAUACCAAAGAAUUUUGGUCAUUUAUAUAUUCUGUGACAGCGUUGGCUUGUAUAGCAAUCACUGAAAUAACUUUCUUUUUGGGAUACAAAGUUACAGCUGUUUUUCAUUAUACCUUUUGCAUAGUCAUUCCAAUCUACCCACUUUUAGGUUGCCUCAUUUAUUUCAUAAAGGUUUCUUGGAAAAAUGAAGAUACCUACAAUCCAUGGGAUAGGCUUUUAGUGGCAGUUAUAUCGCCCUACCUGCAGUGUGUACUGUGGAUUUUCCUCUUACAGUACUAUGAGAAAAAACAUGGAGGAAGAUCAAUAAGAAAGGAUCCCUUUUUCAGGACCCUUUCAACAAAGUCCAAAAAUAAGAAGUUUCUAGAACCACCAAACAAUGAGGAUGAAGAUGACGAUGUCAAAGCCGAAAGAAUAAAGGUCAAAGAGCUGAUGAGUUGCCAGUGUUGUGAGGAGAAACCAGCCAUUAUGGUAAACAAUUUGCAUAAAGAGUAUGAUGACAAGAAAGAUUUUCUUCAUUCAAGAAAAAUAAAGAAAGUGGCAACUAAAUACACCUCUUUCUGUGUGAAAAAAGGAGAAAUCUUGGGACUUUUGGGUCCAAAUGGUGCAGGCAAAAGCACUAUUAUUAAUAUUCUGGUUGGUGACAUCAACCCAACUUCAGGCCAGGUAUUUCUAGGAGAUUAUCUGUCAGAUGCAACUGAAGAGGAUGACUCUGUUAAGUGUAUGGGUUACUGUCCUCAGAUAAACCCACUGUGGCCAGAUAUUACAUUGCAAGAACAUUUUGAAAUUUACGGAGCUGUGAAAGGAAUGAGUACAAGUGACACAAAAGAAGUAAUGAGUCGAAUCAUAAAUGCACUUGAUUUAAAAGAACAUCUUCAGAAAACUAUAAAGAAACUACCUGCCGGCAUCAAGCGAAAGUUAUGUUUUGCUCUAAGUAUGCUGGGGAAUCCUCAGAUUACUCUGCUAGAUGAACCAUCUACAGGUAUGGAUCCCAAAGCCAAACGGCACCUGUGGCGAGCAAUUCGAACCGCAUUUAAAAACAAAAAGAGGGCGGCUAUUCUGACCACACAUUACAUGGAGGAGGCAGAAGCUGUUUGUGACCGAGUGGCCAUUAUGGUAGCAGGCCAAUUAAGGUGUAUUGGGACAGUACAACAUCUAAAGAGUAAAUUUGGAAGAGGCUACUUUUUGGAAAUUAAGUUAAAGGACUGGAUAGAAAACCUAGAGAUAGACCACCUUCAAAGAGAAAUUGAAUAUAUAUUCCCAAAUGCAAGCCGUCAGGAAAGUUUUUCUUCUAUUUUGGCUUAUAAAAUUCCUAAGGAAGAUGUUCAGUCUCUUUCAACAGCUUUUUCUAAGCUGGAAGAAGCCAAACAUACUUUUGCAAUUGAAGAAUAUAGCUUUUCUCAGGCAACAUUGGAACAGGUUUUUGUAGAACUCACCAAAGAACAAGAGGAAGAAGAUAAUAGUUGUGGAACUUUAAAUAGCACACUGUGGUGGGAAAGAACACAGGAAGACAGAGUAGUAUUUUGAAUUUUUAUUGUUCAGUCUGCUUACUGAAUUUAUUUUUCACUUUAACUUUGGUUUUAAAACUUUAUUCUUUGAUAGUAACUGGAGAAACAUGAAAGCACAUAAGAUUUUCCCAAGCUCCUUAAUUGAAACGCUGCUGUGGCAAGUUUUACUUUUCUUUAAAUAAACUCAUGUAUAAAUUGUCACCAUGCAUGAAUGUAAAGUAUAGUGACCUAUAGUAUGUCAUACUUUUCACCAUUCAAAAGGAGUGCUUCUGAAUUUAUGAUUUGAAGAAAUAGUGAUAGAGUGAUUUUGUUUUGAAUAGUUAUCAUUAUUUUUAAGUUUGUACCAUCUUGUUAAACAAUUAUGUAAUGUCCCAAUCUAAAUAAAAAGACUAAUACAUAACUAAUUCAUAGAAAAUAGACAUAAGGCAUUAUCAAAGUUUUUUGCUUCUCCUUUUCGACUUCUAAAAGAAACUUGAAUGAAAAUUGUCAUCUUUAAAUGCUAAAACAUAAACACUAGGAAGUCUCAAUGUAGAGCGUGAGUGAAGACUCAUCCACUAGGUGGCAGUCUUCAGUCAUAGUAAAUGAAAUGAGACCUUGUUCCAGGAAAUGACUGCACAUGUAAUUGGUUAGGUAUUUGAAGUUACCUUUCUUUUGCUUACAGUAAAAUCCAGAAGUGUUUUAGUUAUUAUAAUUGUAGGAAGACUGUAGUCUUAUCAUGUAAUAGUCUGAUUCUUCUGUGGCUAGAAUGACUGCUUGAAAAAGGCACAUUUAAUUUUAUUGUUGGUUAAAAUAAUUUGUUGAGUAAUUGCUUCUAUUGGCAAACCUUAUUAUUUGUAUCUUUUAUGAGUAGAUCAGAAAAUAAAUUAAUCUACUAAAUCUACAGUUAUUUAGUAACUUACCUCAUAAUCACUUGGUACGUGGUGGAUAUAAAUAGACACAGGAUUUAAAUUAAGGAUAAAAAUGGAGCAUACUUAAUUCUCCUUGGUAAGAACCAGAACUUCACUCUCACAAGAGUUGAGGUAAGGUAUGGGCAGUGUAAUUUUAGAAAUACUUAUAUAACCCUUAUGUGGACUACAGAUAAAAAAUAGAAUAAUCUAUAUGAACCUAUAUUUGAGCAAGAUGUAUGAAAGUAUUAGCUUUGCAAAAUAAAUAUAUAUUAGGAGAAUGGUUAUUAUAUUAUAGAAAAUUAAAGAACAACAAUAGAAUGAGUUACUUUAAAUAGAUUUAGAAGUUAUUCUUUAAUGUAGGUAAGAUUUAGUAAACUUUUAGCCCUACUGUAUAAUACAACAUCUGUGAUUUUAGGCUGCAGCAGCUGUUUUAAAAUAGGAUUUCAUUCUUUGUUGAAGGGACUGAUAACUUUCCUCCAUUGCUUUGCAAUUGCUGUACACAUUUCUAAAGAUACCUACUUGACCAGCUAACUCAGAAGUCCUGUAACUAAUCUAAAUGUGCUGUUUUACAAGUCUGCUUAGAUUUUACAACCCAGAGCUAAGUUCUUCUCCAUGUUAGAUUGACUUGGCAGUGGUACACUUUUAUAUCCAGCUAGUCACUACUGCAUGAUGAGUACAGUCAAGACAUAUUUGAGAGAAAAUCUUUACCUUUGUAGAUAAAUUAAUAAAUAGCACACUGUUUUAUAAGCAAGUCUUUGCUAAAUGGUGCCGCAAAUUUGAAGAGAUAUUUUCUUUCUUAUUUAAUACUCAUAUAAGUACCCAGAGGCCUUUCUUUCGGAAUGUGAUUUUGUAACUAUGUGUAACUUUGAACACUUACACUCAAUAUAAGGAACAAAACUGUAUAAUUUUUGUUUACUAGGGCAGUCAAUAUAAAGGCAGGUUUUUUUUUUUUAAGAAUUUGACCAUUUAAGAAAGAUAUGUUACUUUAAAAUAGACCAACACUAACAUAGAACAUAGAUUUGGUUACUUUCACUUUACAUUUGAGAUUGAGAUUAUGCUGACCAAUCAUAUUCUUAUCCAUUGUUUAUUUAGUUAUUUUCCUGUUAUUAUAAAUGAACUCAUGCUCUUAUAAGUAUUUGUUAAAGAUAUUUGAAUUAAUUUUUUUUAAUUUUUGCACACAGUGAAUUUAUUUUGGUCACAAAUUAUUUGUAGGAAUAUUGUGUUCAUUUUUUCACAGUAACAAAAUCUUUGACUCAGGAGAAAUAUAAUUUAAUUCUUAGGAAAGCAAGGGUAAGCAAACUGGAAAGAAAAGGAGACAGAAAAUCAAGUAAAAAAUUUACCAUUAUUAGUAUAUAGUUCAUCUUGUGCACAUAUACAUUUCUUUUUUUUUUUUGGUACCUGGGUUUUGCACAUAUAUUUUAAGCUGUCUUAAAUUACUGAUCUCAGAACUUUUUUCCAUGUUAGUACAUGGAAAUAAAAAUACAUAUGCUUGGCCAAAGAUGGAUAAAACAGCAUCAUCCAUCUAUCUUAUGUUUUCCAUAAAUGAUCAAAUUUUAAAACUCGAAUAGAGGCCAGGCUUUACUGAGUGACUGUGGUUACUGAGAAAUAAGGCAAAACUCUGUUUGCAGCAAUGAGGAAAUAAUCAGUUGGUAACUGAAAAUAUGACUGUACUUGGCAUUACAUUUUGCCAGCUCUUUAUUUUUUUCAAUUUUCAGUAAAACGCUUUGAGUUUUCUUUAAAAGCAUUUUUUCUUUUAAAUUAGUAAAAUUGUCUUAAGUCAGUCUUUUGAUUUUCAUAAUUAAAAUAUUUUUGCAGUAAUUUAAUUCAAUGGACAUUUUAACUACUGUUGCCAGCUCUAAGUUCUUUGUAUAGAAAGGUGACUGUCACUUUUGGCCCCCUAAGAUUUUGUAAUCUAGUAGAAAGAAAAUAGGUAUUUAUAUAACUAGCUAUAAUGAAUAAUGCUUUACUGGUAGAAAUAAUAGUGUUUUAUUGCUAUCAUGUUAGUCAUUCAACAUUUCAUUCUGAUUGUGUUUUGAAUUUAAAAUACUACCCUGUAUUUUCAUGUAACAUAUUCAAAUAGGCAUUAAUUUUUGAAAAGCAGAAAUGUUAUUCUAAAUGUAUUUUUUAUAUUGCUAAUAUUGAUUUUUCAUUUCCUUUCUUGAAAUAGCAUAUUACAUAAAAUGAAAGAAUUUAUUCUCAGGUUAUUUUUGUAUCAGCUAUUCUUAUAAGGUAAAAAUUUACUUAUUUUUUAUUCAUAAUGUGUUAUGUGUAAUUCUCAGUGCUGCCCUUAGAAAAAUGAAUGUGUGUAUAAUUAUCAAAAAUAAGCUUUAAGAGCUGAAAAUUUGACGAAUUAUUUUGUAUACUGAAAUGGAGUCUUUGUUAUUUAGUGUUGAUAAUUGAAUGAGUGGCUCAUAUUAAAAUUGAAGCAAGAACUUGGCA